AUGCUGGGUAGAAGUCCACUUGGCUUGCGGGUAACCGAUUACGAGGAACAGAUUGGUGCCGAUGUUGUGCAACACGGAUUGGCUGGUACCAAUAUUGCUCGAUACCAUAUCGAAAAACCCUUGUCAUCGAAGUAUGCCAUUUUAUAA